AAACGUUGUCAGCUUUCGUCAUCGUCUUUGGGCGAGUUUUUCUUUCAACGAAACAUUAAUUACAAUUAAUUAAUUACUCGACCAUGGCCAAUUUCGAUGGGGAACUGCUCUGCAGAACCUUCAAAGGUGCGUCGCACUGUUUCUGUCGUCGUUGCUGCAUGUUUAGCAGAUCGCCGGAAAACGAGCCAAGUUUUAUUCGACAAGUUGGAGAGAAGUUGUGGAAACCAUUCGCAAUUCUGCCAAGUAUUGAAGGUCAAAAGUUUACAAUUGGAGAGACUUUCACCAGUCGGAAAGAACAAGGGGAGUUCAUUUUCUGGAAACGUCCCAAAAGGGAUGAACUGAAUAUUACGACUGACGGUAGCUUGCCAGUUUGUGAGAUCACCUGCGCUGAAAAUAAGUACUGGGUUACACCUUUGUUAUCCGGGGGGGAGGUCGUUGCCGUGAAUGAUGUAGAAAUUCAGGACAGAACAGAGCUCAAAUUUGGCGACUAUUUAUCCUUGGGGGUUCCAGCGACUCCAGAGGAACUGGAAAAUUGGAAACGCACCCACGAUAACUAUCUUCCUUCUCUUCCAACUGAAAACGAGGAUGGCCUGCUUGGCUGGGCUAAAUUUGAAUGGGAUGCUUUUGAUAGUACUCAUCGUCUGGUUUUGUUGUUCCAGAGGAGAGUAUAUGACUUUGAUUUGUAUUGGAAGAGGAAGCUCGAAGAGAAAAAGAAGAAAAUGAUCAAGAACGAAGGCGAUAAUGACCUGAAUUUGGAACAUAUCGAGGAGACGCAAGAAGCACGCUUUAUUCCACAAUUGGUGGUGUCCCACAUUAUGUCAUACCUUCCAUUCGACGAUGUGAAAAAUGUACGUUUCCUCUCAAAAGUUUGGAAUCAAGAAGCUCUCCGUCUGAUCAAGAAGAGAGGUUAUGUGAGCUUCAAUUUUUGCCUCGGUUACAAGAAAUUGGACGAUCCCACAAAAAUUUUCCGCUACAAUCACGAAAUGCAGGAUAAUCCAAUCCCCCACUGGCGAAUUGCCAUCCCUUCGAUCGGCUUGGACUCUUAUCAGCACGAGAUUCGCCCAGCUCAAGGAGUAAAAGUCAUCGCAGAUCUCCAUUGGUUUCUCGGAUUGAAAACGCACAACGUCACAUCGUUAGAUUUUGCGGGAAAGAUUUCAUCAAAAUCCGACUUUGAUACAGAAAUCGAAAUUUUGGAAAUGUGCCCAACCGAAACUAUUCAAUAUUUCGAGUUGGGCUGGAUAUGGAGUACGGUCGAAGCAUCUGGGCAAGGGUAUACAUUUCCGUCCCGUAUUAAAUUCACCAACUUGAACACAUUCGUCCUCUCGAUGGAUGUUGGGAGUUAUGACGUCGAAGGCGACGGUAGCCCCAGUGAGGACUGCUCUUCCCUGGCCUCAUGGUUGAACCCACUGCUUUGCGCUGUCAAAGAAGUACGCGUGCUCAUUUUGAACUGCACUUUCCCCGCCCUUUUGGAAACAUUUUAUGGCCAAGCCAAACCAUUCCAGAACUUGGAAGAGAUUACCAUUCAGCAAAACCUUACUCCAGAGGGGCUCAAUUUUCUGAACAAAUUGAAGAAACCCUUAACAAAAAUGAAUCUUGGGAGAUUUGAACAUUGGACUAAUGCACAAUACCUCGGAUUUGGACGACUCCUUUCCAAACAUUCCCAGACUUUGACCUCACUAAAAAUGACGCUUGGAAAUUGUGCAAACAGCGAUACGAUUCUCAACCUGCCAAGCUUUCCUUCUCUCAGAGUACUCCACGUGGGCAAGGAUUCUUGGGGCGCCAAAGAUGAAACAUUUCCACUUCAGGUGUCCUUCGAUGGAGCAAAUAGCAUCUCGUACGCCAAGCAUUUUCCUACCCUGGAAACCUUGAAGUUGGGGGACAAUGAUAUUGGGUGGAGAAGGAAUGCCAUCGUGAAUGAUUUUCUUUUCGAUACAUUUCUACCCCUUGGAAAUGGCGGUGCAGGACUUCAAGUUUGCAAAACUUUGCGACAUCUCGACCUUCCGACUGAACCAACUUUGAAAUCAGGUCAGCUUUUUGCCAGAGGGCGCGAAAUUGCAAGAAUGUUCCCGAAUGUUCACAACCCGUGGAUAAAUAUGGUUCGAAAAUCAUCUGAGAAUCCGGCUGAGCAAGUUUCUUCUAAUUAAAUUAACGGAAAUGGAUGGACCGAUUGUUUUUCGAUAUAGAUGUAGUCGUAGUCGACUAGAUAAACAUGAUUUUUUUUAUAAUUAUUUAUAUGAUUUUCAGAUUUCAAACUGUCAAUAAUUUUUUUGCUAGUUUUUCAUUAGUUAUUAAUUUUGCUACUUUUUUGCAUCUCUGUGACUUAAUUGUGAAAAUUGUAGUUGAUAUUUAGAAUUUAUAAGAAUCCUCGGAUUUUAAACUUAUGCCUUUUUGACAUGUAUAUGCCUUUUUCUA